AUGCUGGCCUCCAAUGACACUACUUCAAACUUUCCAAACCGGUUGUCCUCGGCGUCCAUUCAUGUCAGGACAGCUUGGGGAGGUGUCGAUGCCGAACAUCCUUUCACACUACUUCAUAAUAAGGAUGAAGUGCCACCACUCUCUGUGUUAAUCCUGGUGGGGGUGCUCUUAACAGUCUAUACCCUAUUAAAUAUCCCCAGAUUAUUCGCAAGAUGGUACUCCGAUAAACAGGGUGGGGAGAUGUUCAACGGAAUGCAUCUAUCAUCCAAACCUCCUGCUCCUUCAGCAACAGUCGUCGGAGGAGGUAUUGCUCUGUCACAAACUCCAACCAGUAGCAGAAGCAGAGCUUUUAUCUCAAAAGAAGGGGAUUCGCCAGGUUACCCGUCUCCUAUAUACCAGACCCCCACCACUGCGACUCCGACCAGGAGCUUUAAUACCUAUCCUUCGCCUUCUACCGAAAGGUUAAUUCGGAGAGUUGACUCGCCAAGGUAUAUCCCUAAUCUAAGCUCUAAGCUUCCGUUCUCCGGAUACAUGGAAAUUAGAGUACCGGUGACAGGUAUGACAGUUGGACAAGUCUUUAUAUGUAUCAUCUGGGCUGGAUUGGUGACUUUGGCUCUGUUUUAUGACAAUGAUAUUGUCAAAGCCCCUGUUCGUGCCGGCUUUGUGGCCACAAACCAGUUACCAAUCGUGUUCCUCCUUGCAGGCAAGGUAAAUUGGAUUGGGUAUUUGAUCGGUAAAGGUUAUGAGAAGAUCAAUUUCUUGCAUCGAUUCGUUGGAAGAUGUCUGUUCGUUGCUGCUACUUUUCACGCUGGAGGGUAUCUCAACAAAUGGCUAAGAAAGGGAGGGAUCGCUUAUGUCUCAGAGUCUUCACGAAUACCUUUCAUCACUGCGGGUAUAGUAGCUUGGGCUGCAUUCGGCUUUAUGGGCAUUACCGCUUUACCAAUCAUUCGUCGACGGAUGUAUGGGUUUUUCUGGAUUUCUCACUGGAUUGGGUUUGUCACAGCGAUCAUUGCGCUCAGCUUCCACAAGCCAUACACUGGUCUCUUAGCUACCAUUUGUCUUCUUCUCUACACCAAAGAUCUCAUCCUUCGACUUUUCAUCAAAACGCGAAUCGUUCCGGCCAAGAUUAUUGCACUUCCUGCGCCAUCUUCAUGUCUCCCGGAAGGAUCAACCCAGAUCAUUCUCCCUCUUAGAUCGGGUUGGAGAGCGGGUCAACAUGUAUUCCUUCGUGUUCCAGCUCUACAAGAGAUGGGUGGCAUGGCUUGGCUGGAAAAUCACCCUUUCACCAUAGGCUCGGCGGAAGGAGGAGAAAUGAUUCUGAUGGCAAAGAAGGCAGGAGGUUGGACAAGGGAUUUGUACGAUUUCGCGGCGAAGGGAGGCGUGUCUCAAGCACCUAGAGAGGAUGUUGGCGAGCAGAACGAUGUUGGCUACGAGGGAGAGAAGAGGGAUUUGGCUACUUUGGAAAGAGCCGAAGAAGUCGUAGGAAGGGAAUGUAAAAUCUUGGUGGAAGGGCCAUAUGGUGGACCUUGUUCGACAAUUUUCUCAAGCUAUUCAGGUAUCACACUCAUCUCAGGUGGUAGUGGCAUCACCUACUCGCUAGCUAUGUUCCAAGAUUUGAUCAAGAAGGCCUCUGAGAACCACGUGCGGGCUGCCGCGAUUCAUCUGGUCUGGAUUGUGAAAACAUAUGAGCAUGCUACUCCGCUAUUAAGCCACCUCGAGAAUUUAUGCAUUCGAGCAGAGAUGCAGUCCACCAUCGACCCAGGAAUCACCAUCUAUAUCUCUCGCGCUACGUCAUCAAAGCGAUUCCAACAUCGUGGUGUCGAGGUCAAGGCUGAACGACCUGAUCUCCCUCGGCUGGUUCGAGACGAUGUGACAAGGACAAGAGGUGAGGCUUUGAGCGGUGGAGUGGGGACUUGCGGAAUGAUCAUCGGUGUUUGUGGACCUAGACGGUUGAUCGAUGGUACCCGCAUGGCUGUUAGAAGUAUACCGUGGAAGGAGAAAAAGGAUGUUGGAGGCGUCACCGUCCACACGGAAACUUUCGGUUGGUAG